AUACACAUGAAAAAAAUAUUUCUGCAUAUUAAAAUUCUCGCUGGCCGGAUCAUAAGCAUCAAUUAUAAGAAACUAUUUUCACUACUUAUAAUUCAUAAAUUUCUGAUUACUUUAUAUAAUUUUUCUCAUAAGUCCAAAACUAUCAUUCUUGUUGCAAUAAUUUUAUCAGUUAAUUUGAGGCUAUUUUAAUUAAUACGAUAAUUUUACUGGUUAUUCCGAAGCUAUCGUUGUGUCAGGCAGAACUACUAAAAUAAAUUGAGAAAAGCAUCCCAACACACAGAGACACAUGAGCAAAACCGUCCCCCCUCUCUAAUCUUGAGUUGAAAUGAAGUGAAAAUUUUGAGAAAUAGAGAAACCCCAUCUUCAAAGUUCACAACUUUUUUCACUUUCCAAGUUCAAGAAAACCCCACCAAGAAAAAAAAAAAGACAUCUUUAGUACAGUUACAUUUUCAUAAAUUGUUUUAAAGGUUUCAGAUUCUUGUUUGUUUUGCAAGUGUUUUCCUAUUUUUGUUCAAGAUUCAGUCAGAUCCCUGGUGGAUUUCAUGGACUUGUGAUCUUUUUAUAGUUGUUUAGAAUUGUGGUUGCAAAUUUCGAAGCAUUAUAGAGCAUGAUGGAUGUUGUCAAUAACAUAACUAUUUCUGGAAAUGGGUUGGGCUUUGGAAACGGAGUUCACCAACUUCCUGAAGCUGUUGCUGGUAUACCCAAUGGGAUGCCUCAUGCAAGUUCCAGUAAUGAAGAACUAGAGAGGAGUUUCCAGAGCGCUGUCGCGGUGACUGAUAGUGAAACAGUUGGAUCUUCUAUCCAAGAAGUCAGUAAUGAAACUACGAUAACUUUAGAAAGCAAUGUCGGUGUCAACUCUGAGGAACAUGAAGCAAAAGAAUCUGAGGAGGUGACAAACAGUAAAGAGCAAAAGACUCCAGUAAGGGCAAGGAAUACUAAGAAUUCCAGCACCAAAAAUGGCACAGCCAAGAAAAGUAACGGAAAAGAGGCAUCAAAUGGUACCCUUGCCUCCAAAUCUCGUCCUAAACAGCCAUCUUCCGUUGAUGCAAAGGGUAAAUCAUUCAGUGACAAGAACACUGCUGAGUACUAUUCAAAACCUGCAUUGGCUCAUCUAAAUGUUGAUCGUGCUAAGCAACCUGGUCAUGCUGAAGCAUCAGCUUCUCCGAGUGCUGUACAGUCUGAAGGCCUCAAGGAAAAAAUAAAGCUGAUGCCUUUGAAGAAAGUGCCCCCUAAUAAAGCUGAUGGAAGUGCAGAAUCAUCUUCCAGUCCUACUGCUGCAUCAGAUGCCAAACCCCGCAAAGUAGGUACUCUCCCAACCUACAAUAUCAAUUUCAAGUGUGAUGAAAGAGCUGAGAAAAGGAAAGAGUUUUAUUCCAAGCUCGAAGAAAAAAUCCAUGCAAAGGAAGUAGAGGAGAGUAAUAUGCAAGCCAAGACUAAGGAAACACAAGAAGCUGAGAUCAAAAAGUUACGGAAGAGCUUAAAAUUUAAAGCUACUCCCAUGCCAAGCUUUUAUCAGGAACCUGCACCUCCAAAGAUGGAGUUGAAGAAGAUUCCACCAACCCGAGCUAAAUCCCCCAAACUUGGGAGGAGAAAGAGCUCUCCCACGAAAGAAGGAAGCAAUGAGAGCGUCAUGCGCCCAGGUAGGUUAAGCUUGGACGAAAAUGCAUCUCAAAAUAACCCUGUCAAAGGGCAUUCUCCUCUCAAUGUUAAGAAGCCUCAAAGGAAGUCACUUCCAAAGCUGCCAUCUGAGAAAACCAACUUAUCCAACGAAACAAGAAAACCUUCCAGUCGCAAGUCUAGCUUAUCCAAGGAAUCAACUGAAGCUGCAUCUCUGCCGAAUGCUUUACCCAAGGAAAUGUGUGAAGUUUCUUCUCAACCAAGCAACCAACACGAGCCAACUACUGAACUUGAUGCAGAUGGUCAAGAGUGCGAGGUUGUAUCAGCUGUUGAACCAAGCCAGAUCGAGACUGGUGUUGAAGCUCGAAUAGAGACUAACGUGGGGCAGGAGCAUGUUACGAUCGAGCACUAAAAGCAACUACUGAAGUUGAAUAUAUACCCAUGGAGCAAUCUUCAUUCGCUCUUUGCCUAAAGUAUUGCAAAGGUAUGAAUAAGAUUUGGUUUAUUUGAGAAAUGAAUGCACUUGAUAUUGUACUAGGCAAACAUCGCCAUUUUGUCUAUAGUCAGCAGCAGCAAGGUUGAAUUUCUAGUGUUCUAUCUUCUUUCAAGAUUGCUGAGUGUGGUUAUCAGAAAUACGCAGGCUUGCUUGCCUCUGUUAUCUAAAUGUUGAGUAGCCAGAAAUAAGAAUUUUGUCUUCUCUACUAGUCGAAUAUCCAAGUACUUUGCAGUUGCGGAAAACUUGGGACAGUUUUUUGGGCAUGUACUGGCUGCUGAAACUGUUCUGUUGAACUAAAUGGUUGUUGCUUGUUUAUUAAGUUGUAUUUAUAAAUUUAUACAUUACAUGA